CCCCGGUCACUGAGGAACCGGUAAGCGGUAAGCGUAAACGCUACCAAACUGUAAACACCUGGCGAGGCCUGAAGAACGUGGAGCUUUAAUAGCCCGGCGUAACUGGUCUUGACUUUCUUGGAAUUUCAGAGGAAAUCCGGACAACCGUUCUCUGUUGGUGAAUGGUUAACUAAUGCAGGUGACGCUGUUCAAAUAUGCACUGCCAGUGAGAAAUGGCCUAGUUAGCCCACUUUAAUCACCCGUGAAGAGAGAUGGCCACAGUUCACAUGAUCGCAGGACUGUUCUUCUUCACGUUGGCGUUCAUAGCCACGUCUUUCGGCAAACCAGCAGCCGAUCGCGACGAUGAGUCUUAUGACGUGGACCACUCCGGGCAGCUGUGGCAGACCCGGGCCCGCAGAGCGCAUGCGCAGUCCAGGACGGUACCCACAGACCAGGAGCGUACGCCCGACUACUGGACCAACAUGGCGCGGGCCUCCAUCGAUGAAGCCCUCCGCCUGCAGACCCUCAACACGAACGUGGCCAAAAACGUGGUGCUGUUUCUGGGAGACGGGAUGGGCGUUUCCACGGUAACCACGGCACGGAUCCUGAAGGGACAAAAGGCGGGAAACCCGGGAGAGGAGACCGUGUUGGCCAUGGACUCAUUACCUUACACCGCCAUGUCUAAGACCUACAAUAUCGACGCCCAAGUCCCCGACUCGGCCGGUACUGCUACAGCGUUCUUGUGCGGGGUGAAGGCGGAGGCCGGGGUCAUCGGCGUGGACGGGAGAACACGGUACGGCAACUGCAGUUCCUCCAAGGGUCACGAGGCGGAGUCCAUUAUUGUGCACGCAGAAAGAGCAGGGAAGUCGACUGGGAUCGUCACCACCGCCCGAGUGACCCACGCCACGCCGGCGGCGGCAUACGCUCACUCGGCCGCACGGGGCUGGGAGGCGGACAGCGAUCUGACGGCGGAGGCCCGGGAGAACAACUGUACCGACAUCGCCUAUCAAUUGGUGGAGGAAGCACCCGAUAUAGAGGUUAUCCUGGGAGGGGGCAGUCGGAUGUUCAAGCCCCGGAGUUGGGCGGAUCCGGAAACCGGUGGGAGUGGAGACCGAAACGACGGCGUAGAUUUGGUCCAGCGGUGGCAGGACAGAAAAACCGGCAGAUCCCGCUAUGUCUGGAACGGAACGGACUUCAGAGAUGUCGACCCGGAAUCGACGGAUUAUCUUCUUGGUCUUUUUGAAAGGAGUCAUAUGAAGUACACUGCUGAUCGCACGGACGACCCGGCCGAGGAGCCGACCAUCGCCGACAUGACCCGGAAGGCGAUAGAAAUACUCCGGAAAAACGACAAUGGUUUCUUCCUGCUAGUGGAAGGCGGCCGAAUAGACCACGGACAUCACGCGUCCAAGGCGGUGAAAGCUUUAGAGGACACCGUGGCGUUUGAUGACGCCGUGCAGGUGGCUAAAGACAUGCUGGACACGUCUGACAGCCUCGUCGUGGUGACGGCGGACCACUCCCACACACUGACGUUUGCAGGGUACCCGGAUAGGGGACACCCCAUAUUUGGACAAAACGUGUACACGUCAUCCACCCCUGAUAAUACCUGGGAUGAGUUACCGUACACCACCCUGCUGUACGGGAACGGUCCGGGGUACGCGCUGGUGGAGACUACAAACGGGAACGACACGCAGGUCACACGCCAAAACAUCACGGACGUGGAUACAGCGGAUAAGGAGUACGAACAGCAGAGCGCCGCGCCGUUACGGAGCGAGACGCACGGAGGGGAGGACGUCAUCAUCAUGGCGGACGGACCCAUGGCUCACCUGUUCCACGGCGUACAGGAGCAACACUACAUCGCACACGUUAUGAUGUACGCCGCCUGUCUAGGGGAGUACACAGAGCACUGUGACAAACCGAUUGGGACACCCAAACCCGUCGGCGAUGCAGGGCCUGCCGCUAGGGGGAGCUAUUAUACGGUCGCCUUGACAACAGUUCUUUCCGGGCUACUGAUGAUGGCGGCUACGCGUUUGUAGCUUUGGUUGUGGCUGAAUGAAUGCAGUGUGCGUGUGCAUGAGAGCGAGAGAAAGCGAGAGAGAGAGAGAGAGAGAGAGCGAGAGCGAGAGAGAGAGAGAAAGAGAGAGAGAGCGAGAGAGUUACAGAGAGUUACAGAGAGAAUAUCCAAGCAGAUGUUGGGUGGACGAUUGUAACGUUCUCUGGCUAUCGAGCGUCUUUGAUAGCAACACACACACGGGCGUCCGGUGGUCAGAAAACUUUACAAGCUUCCAUCCAGACAUCUGCUUGGAGAUUAGAUCCAGAGUAUGUCCUGGAUCGAAAUAUUUAAUUCCUACGCACAGGUCCCUCCCCACCGCCAAAUUAGCUUUGACUCGAUUUUUCUGAGUCAGACAAGUCACCAACUACACACACUGCACAAUUAACGUUUCAUGUUCAUCUUUUUUCAUUGAUCGCCAUUGUUACUGCUAUAGUUAGUUCAGUUUGUCAUCAAUCCUGAUUUUAUGGUACAUGGAACAAAUGCAUUUCUCUGUAUGUAUUCAAGUUACUUUUUUUGUUGUCACUUGAGUUUCUUUAGUUCCUGUCUUAUGUUAGGAUUUGCCAUGAAAAUUAACCGUGUUGCUCGAAUGAAGUGGAAAAUGUAUGACAAGUAUGUGGACAAGGUUGUAUACAAUACCGAGAAAAAUACCGAGAAAUAAAAUCUCAGUCAACCCUGUUA